AUGGCCGGAAAGGAGGAUGAGUAUGACUACCUCUUCAAGGUUGUUCUGAUCGGGGACUCGGGCGUCGGGAAGUCCAACCUCCUCUCGCGAUUUACCCGCAACGAGUUCAACCUGGAGAGCAAGUCCACGAUCGGGGUCGAGUUCGCCACCAAGAGCAUUCAGACGGAGGGGAAGACCAUCAAGGCGCAGAUUUGGGAUACGGCGGGGCAGGAGCGCUACCGGGCUAUCACUUCCGCGUACUACCGAGGGGCGGUCGGCGCGUUACUGGUGUACGAUAUCUCCAAGCACGUUACUUUCGAGAACGUCGAGCGGUGGCUGAAGGAGUUGCGCGACCACGCGGAGGCCAACAUUGUGGUGAUGCUCAUUGGUAACAAGAGCGAUCUCAGGCACUUGCGGACAGUGACCCACGAAGAGGCGAUGGAGUUUGCGAAGAAGCACAACCUCGCGUUCCUAGAGACUUCCGCGCUGGACGCGAGCGGUGUAGACUCGGCCUUCCAACGCAUCCUCACUGAGAUCUACCGGUUGAUGAGCAGGAAAACAAUAGCCGCCAACACCGCCACGGGCCCUGACCUCUCUCGGGGGGAGACCAUCGCUCUGUCGAGCGCGCGGGAUGAUGCCAGCAACAGGUCCAAGUCUUCGUGCGCGGGGUCGUGCAAGUAGAUGAUCUCUUGCCAGGGUGGAGGGGGGGGGGGGGUUGUAGGGUUGGCCGGGGGGGAGGG